UGGCAAGACUGAUAUCAUCAAAUCUGUAAAAUGUGGUUUAAUUUCGUAAAAAAAAAGAAAGGGUUAUUAUUCUGCUGAUCCAGUAACUUGUAAAUGCCAUCCUUGCAGAAUGACGGUGGUUUCCAAAGUAUUUUCGCGCUUGAGCUCCAGAAAUGAUAUCAGCGGUAAAGUCAUCCAACAAUUCUUGCAUAGAAUCAGCAUAUAUCAAAGACCAAAAUAUAUUCAAAAGUUAAUACACAUAUAUGAAUCCAUGUGGGGACACGCUGCUAACAUAUAGACGUUUAAGAGAUUUGAAUAUCAACUUAAAGAAGUUGAAUCAAAACAUAUAAUACAAGAUUACAUUAAAAAUGAUAUCAAAUAAAAAUGAAGACAUUUAUGAUAGUCGACCGAAAACUCCUCCAAAAGAAAGUUGUUGUGGCAGUGGCUGUAAUCCUUGUAUUUUAGAUGUUUAUCAAAAGUUAUUAAAACAAUGGGAAGAAAGAAAAAAAAAUAACAUACUUAUAGAAUCAAUAAAAAAUGUAAUAUCUCCAACAUCUUUUAAUACUUUUAUAGUUAUCAACAAUUAUAAAGCAUCCAAAGAUUAUAUUUUUAUAUGGUUAGAAUAUAAAGGUAAUAUUAGCAAUAAUAGAUCCUUAUACUUAAUUCCUGGACAACAUAUUGUAUUACGUUAUGGUUCUAUGUCAAAAGCUUACACACCUAUUUCUUGGUCAGAAACAAGUUUGAUGCUUCUAGUAAAGGUCUACCCAUCAGGAAAAUUUAGUCAGGUUUUAAAUAAUGCAAAGAAGAAUGAUGAAUUUGAAAUCAGAGGACCAUAUGGGGAUUUUGUAUAUAAUAUUAAUAGCUUCCACGAAAUCAUUAUGUUCUGUAUUGGAUCUGGAAUUACAGCAGUUUAUCCUUUAGCUAAGGUUAUUGUUGAAAAUGAAGAAGAAGAAACGAAAAUAAAUUUCAUUGCUGGUUUUCGAUCAAUUUCGUGUGUCCCUUUAAAAAAAGAAUUACAAAAUUUAUCAGAUUAUUGGAAUUUUGUAUGCACGAUACAUAUAUCGGAAGAUCUAAUUACAGACACCAAUCAAAGUAUUCAUGGUAUUAAUAUUCAAAAUGAACGUUUAUCUAAACAAUCAGUUUAUAAUUACCUACAACGAAACCAAAAGCCAAAAACAACGUUAAUUUUAAUAUGCGGAACAAAUGAAUUCAAUUAUUCGAUUGAACAAUGGUCAAGAGAAAAUAAUUAUUCUCAUAUACAUGUAUUCAGAUAAUAAGAUCUAUUUUUAUAAUAUUUAGAUUAUUAUUAUUUAUAUUCAAUAUUCGAGAAAUAGAGAUUUUUAAAAAUCUGAUCAAGUCCUGAUUAAGUUAUACGUGAAUGAUGAAUAAAGGUAGCACUAUUCAAACUGCA